AUGUCUACGAUGCCCACCAAAGUCGAUAUCCUCAUCGUCGGCGCCGGCUUCAGCGGUCUCUACCAACUCUAUCACCUGCGGAACCUCGGAUUCAACGUAAAGGUCUUCGAGGCAGGAAGGGGCAUUGGGGGCACCUGGUAUUGGAACUGUUACCCAGGGGCUCGCGUCGACUCCGAUGCAAGCAAUUAUCAGCUUUCCAUCGACGGACUCUGGCAGAACUGGAGCUACUCAGAGUACUUCCCUGAUUGGAAGGAACUUCGGGAGUAUUUCGCAUACAUCGACCGUACCCUCGACCUUGGCCGCGAUAUCUCCCUUAACACUCGCGUGGUCGCCGCUGAGUUCGACGAGGCUGCCGACGAAUGGGUGGUCAGAACCGAGAAAGGCGAUACGGUGCGAUGUCGAUUCUUGAGCUUCUGCACGGGCUUUGCCUCGAAGCCAUACACCCCGAAGAUCCCAGGGCUGGAUACGUUUCGCGGGAUAAUGCAUCACACUGGGACAUGGCCCCAAGAUGGCGUUGAUCUGCGAGACAAACGGGUGGCGGUCAUUGGUACAGGCUCAAGCGGUGUGCAGGUCGUUCAGGAAGCGGCGGCGGUCGCUCGCCAAGUCACCCUUUUCCAGCGCACUCCCUGCAUCGCCCUGCCCUUGGUUCAGCGCAAGCUUGACGCCGAUGCGGCAAGGAAGCUGAAGGACGGACAGCUCAAGACUUUCGACUUCCGAAAGAAGACGUUCGCGGGUCACUCUUACAGCUUCACCGACAUGCGCCCAUCCGAUUUCUCGCCAGAGGAGCGAAAGGAGUUCUAUGAACAGUUAUACGCGCGUGGUGGAUUCAUUCCACUAUUGUGUGGAUUCCGGGAGGUUUACACGGACGACGACGCGAACGACUGGGUGUAUGCGUUCUGGAGGGACACAGUCAGAGCGCGUAUUAACGACCCUCGGCUGCAAGAAAAGCUUGCCCCCGCUGUUAAACCGUAUCCAUUCGCAGCAAAGCGUCCGCUACUAGAGCAGAAUUACUACGACGUGUUCAACCAGUCGAACGUCAGCCUCAUCGACGUCAAUGAAAACGGAAUCACCCGAAUUACACCGAAAGGCAUACAGACGGCGGACGGUGUCGAACAUCAAUUCGAUAUUAUCGUUCUGGCCACCGGCUUCGAUGCUAUGACCGGCAGCAUGACUCAGAUCGACAUUCGAGGUACUGAAGGUGUUACUAUCUUCGAUAAAUGGACCGCAUUUGCGAGCACGUACCUGGGAAUGAUGACGACGAACUUCCCGAACAUGUUCUUUGUCUACGCGACUCAUGGCCCUACCGCGUUCAGCAACGGCCCCACCGCCCUUGAAAUUCAAAGCGACUGGGUCAUCCAUUGCAUACAGUACAUGCGAGACCACGGACUCUCCAGGGUUCAUCCGAAGAAGGAAGCCGAAGAAGAAUAUACGAAGCUCGUGAAUGACAUAGGAAAUAAAGGCAUGUGGUCGAAGGCCAAAUCAUGGUACACCGGGGCGAACAUCCCGGGCAAGACUAUCCAGCAUUUGAACUUCACGGGCGGUUUGAACGUGUAUGCGGACAUGUGCCGAGAGAACGAGGAGAAAGGAUUUGAAGGAUGCGAAUUCAGUACGCUGAUCGCGUAA